AUGUCCGAUGCCAGCGAUGGUGUAACCACGACGGUUGAGGAGCCAGAGUACAUAGUCGAGAGGAUUCUCUACCAGGACGACCGAACAGGCAAACCUCUAUUUCUCGUCAAAUGGGAAGGGUAUGGUGACGAGGAAUGUACUUGGGAACCCGCCGAGCAUUUUACGGACCAGAGAACCUUGGACGAUUGGGAGCGCCAGCGCGCGGCUCAGGAUUUCCUGGACGAAGAAGAGCUUGCUAUGGUUCAAGCGCGAAUGAAGGAUUUUCAAGACGCAACAGCACGAAAGAAGCGACAGGAGGCACUGAGGCGUAUGUCCAAGCGGACUUUAUCCAGACGAUCAUCCAGUCGGACGCCAAAAUCUGAGUCGCCAGAGUCUCCAUCUUCAGCGAAAAGAUCACGAUCGUCUCAUCCGAACCCCGCAGACCAACCAGGACGCAAGCGACCACGAGCAUCUCGUUCGCCAACUAUCAAGGACGAAGCUUCACAGGGCUCCGAAGUGGUAGAUGCAACUCCUGCGCAGCGGCGACAUCCACAAAAUUCUACAGAGAAGGACGCAGCCUCCGCCCAGUCAACAUUAAGCCAAGAAAAAGCAGCUAUACCUCUAGCAACAACGGGCGACUUGAGAAAUCCCAAUUCGCCGCCUUCUCCCCUGGCGCUGGCGCAUGGCGACACUGUUCCACACCGAAGCUCCGACGCACACCGGACUGAAGCGUAUGUUCAGAUGAGUCCAGCAGCACCUAAUAAGACAAAAACAAUUGUCAACCCAACCCUCGGACCCCAACACAAUAAGCAAGGAGGAGCAAAUACAAUGACUGUUAGGAAGAAGCUAGGCAAUACCCAUGCAUCACCAUUAGCUGCAAAUGCGGAACACGGCAAGGCAGGGAAGAGGUUCAAAAGUAUGAGACACAUGCAUAAUUAUACCAAAAUGGCACGCCGAGAACGUACACCAGACAUCUCUAAGCUCGAUCUCAUAGAAGCUGAUGCAUGGCCCCUACCCGGACGAAUUGAACCCUCAUUGAAAAUUCAAGACGAUGCUCCAAGACAUAAACGGGAUAAUUCACCUCUUUUUCUUCCAGAGGACAAUAACGUUGUGCUGCCCCAGGCCGAAGAUCAGCAGACGAGAAAAGGGAAUGCUACGGGCCCUAAUCAAUACCUGCCUAGCGGUCAAUCACCACAGGCCAUGGCAGCGUCACUCAGCAGUUCAACGGCACCCUCGACACCGCAGCAUCCUCAUGUGAAUCAGGGCUCGUCGAGGCAGUCUCGAAAAGAUAUCUUGACUGAGACGCAACCUUCCAGUGUCAGGACCAAGUCACGCGGUUUGACACCGCCUGGGCCGUCAACGAACGCAUUUGCAGAGAGACGGCCGUCGCCGUCACGGCCUCGCACGAAUUGUGCAACCUCUUCUCAGGCGGUUAGGUCUGAUGCCCCGGUCAAGGCCCCAACAUCCAUUAGCAUGUCAACGGUUCAACAACAAUCCCAGGAUGUUUCUUACAACCAUGGUCCUUCCAAAGAGCCCAUGACUUCCAGCCUUGGCCGAAUGCCCUCAAGUGGCACAGAUCACGGAACGAUGUCCGAACUUAAGAUAUCCCUUCGCUUUGGGGGGCUUGUCGUGGGUGUUGUGAGUUUGGUUGGGAUGCCGGGGUGGUUGAUUAACAAACUUCACAAACUUCGGGGUGUCGCAAGAGACUGGCAGGAACACUUAUUGACCAUGGAGUUCAAGAACAAGUUCGUUAUGAAGGCAAGAGGUUUUUCUGACUUCACUACAAGGCUGCAUUGGAAACAACAUGGGACGUUCUCGAUCCGGGGUGAUGGUGCGAAACAACGAGAUAUAGAACAGCUAGGCAAGCACUUGAAGGACAACGACUUGGUUGCCGUCUGGGAAUAUCCUACACCUGGGGAUACCCUUAUCCUGAUUAUGUACUCGAGUCCACCUCCUAGAUGGGCAGGUAUUGAUGAAGGGCCCGUCGGCAAGUCUGCAUUCCCUCUGAAAGUUGUUGUGCGAAAUAAGCUUGCUGGGUUCUCUAUGGAGACCGGUUCAGCAAGGACCGAGUAUGUCCCACGCUUGAAUGCCGAACGAGAUACAAAUUUACCAAUAGACAAGCCCAAAUCCUCACAGCCUGCACUUCGACUCUCCACAAGAGAGAAUGCAGGCGUGGACACACAGACGCCAGCGGAACAGGUCGUAACAACAACAACACCGAUGACAACGCCGGCAAAGGAGCACACAGGUUUAGUGGAUUCUUAUAUACAGAGCCCAGUCAAAGCUCCAACGCCAGCACCGAAAUCAGCAACACCAACGCGAAGGGAAGGUGAAAGUCCCGCGCAAGACGCAUCUGUACAUCCGGAAGAAAACGCUCUCAUCAAACCCGCACCAGGGCGACUGUCGUUUUCAGCGGAUUUUGCACAGUUGUUUGGCGACGUUAACGUGAAGAAAUCUGGGCGCAAAGCACGGGUAAUGAUCUGCUUUGGGGGAUCGAACCCGGUCGAAGCCGAAGCUGUCAAACAAUGGCUACAGCAACAUUUGAAUCCGCGUCGGAUUUUCAUUGACACAGCGAAGGACGACUGGGAGGAGUUUCGGGAUGGCCUUUCCGACGAGAUUGCCGCUAUACUAUUCCACGAGCGGCACAGAGCAUAUUGCGAUCUUUUCGAGUUCUUCAAAGUCCUCCGAUGUCAAUAUGUUUUCUGUCAUGAGCUCUUGUUCUCGUCCCCGUUGCCAGGUCUCCAACUGGAAAACGCCGAAGCCAAACAGCGAAGUCCUCUGAGGAGGCUCUUCCCACGAGGAACGGCCUUGUGUAUCACGGAAGACGCCCUGGUUUGCCAUCCGGAAGAGGUGACGUGGAUAAUGCGCUGGUUCGAAGAGCAAUCAGGGAACAGACCGUUAAGUUGGAGGCUCGGCUUACCCCCAGACAUUUCUGGCUGGCUCUUGCGGAAGAGAAACGAAUCCCCUGGACUUGAACCAAAGUAUGAUGGCAUCAUUGGAUCCGUAAAUCGACUAAACUUGCGAUCCUCGCACGCCUCAUGGAACAGCCAGAUUCCCAACCCUGAUGAAUUUACUCAUUCUCAACCCUGGGACCGGAGUUUCGAACUCAUCCAGUCACCGUCGGCAUUACCCGGCCCUGGGACUUGGAACGACGCUGAGUUCGAUAAAGAGUCCUUGAAGGCGCGGGACAAGCUGCUACUAGAAUGGUUUGUCGCGUGGGCAGCAGGGAACUCCCAUAACCAUCGUCACUUCAUAUAUCUGGAUUCGACGCCUCGCAACAACAAAACAGAAAAUCGUUCGUGGCACAUUGACUUCCGAGACAUUAAAUCGUUUGUCAUGGAAGAAAGGAGGCGCUUGCACGAAGAGGAGGAGAAGAAGAAGAAGAAGAAGAAGAAGAAGAAGCGAGAAGAAGAGAGGUUGCGAGAGAGCGAGAAGAGACAGGCUUCGGUUUCCUUCUGA